CCUCCCGCCACCCAUCGAGCAGUUCGACCCUCGCCUGCUGCCGACAUGGUGCUGACUGCUAGAGAGCGCAUCGCGAUCCAGUUCGGGCUCCCCUUGAGCGACGAUAUGGGCGACGAACCGCUGGCCAGGUAGGCUCGACGGGGCGGCCAAGGGAGAGAAGCCCAGUCUGGUUCUUCCCGUCCCGUCCCUUUUCCUGACGGCCCCCUUCCCUCCCCUUAGGCUUUUCCGGGUCUACAUGGAGUCCAAUAUCUACUUCCAGCGCUUCGACCCUAUCCCCGGCUCCAACGACAGCGCCAUCAUGAACAUGGACAACAUCCGAAUGGAUCCCAGCGAUCUGCACGCCUCCAACCUCCAGUGGACCCCUUUAACUUAAAGGCAAGCGCGGCGACGGGGCGGGCGAGGGCCAGGAGGGCGCGCCUUGGGUCUUCCCUUGAUCCUCCCCCCCCCCACCUGACCCCCGUGUCUCUCUCUCUCUCGUUUCCAGUUUCUGCCCAGGCGCAUGCACGUGCCUCUGGCCUCCAGCCUCCGCGGAGACUACAACGCCCUGACCUACCUGGCCUGAGACUAGCUCCUCUGCGUGGUGGCCCAGGGGCUGACCCAGAAGUACAGAUGAGCCCCACCACCACCGCCCGCCCCCUCUCCUCGGAGUUGUCGUUAGCCCCCCGUCUCGGGCACUCCGCCUCCGCUGUGCCACUGAGCAUUAAAAUGCGUG